CAUAUUUUGACUUCCUGAAGGUUGUCAUUUUUUGAUAGAUUUGUAACUUUGGCCAGUUUGGGGAUUUUUUCAACUUUAAAGAUACAAUUUUUGCAAAAGUAAAGUAUCGCAUAUUUUCCAUACAAGAUGGAUUAGAUUGAGCAAAAGAAGAGAAGAUGUUUGGCCUGCAUGGCCUGAGCAAAGUCAAACGUCUCAUCCUGGGAAUCUGUGUUCUGCUGGUUGUAGACUUGAUUUGGGUAGCCUCCUCAGAGCUGACAGAAUAUAUCUUCAAAGAUGCCCACUUUGACAAACCAUUUUUUACCACUUACGUCAAGACCAGCAUGUUCAGUGUUUACCUCCUGGGAUUUCUUAUAUUUGAGCCAUGGAGAUCACAAUGCAAAAAGUCAGGCACAAAAAAUACACCUAUGACAAUCAAUAGCAAUGACAUUGAGGGGGACAGCUCACAGGACGUGCUGAGUGAACCCCAGUAUGUUCCUGCCAAGUUUGACGAUAAAGCCAGCGGAACAGAAUCAGAUGACUCUACUUCUUUAAGUCGAUCCGUCAGAUUCAGCAAAGUCAAUGAAGUUCGUCAGCUUUCUGAGGCGUAUGCAGAGGAAGCACUUAUUGCAAGACUGUCAUACUCAGCAUCUCUGCGAGCAGAAGAAUCUCGAUUACGAGCCAUGUCUAAGCUGACCGUCAAACAAGUGGCUAAGCUGGCUCUACUGUUCUGUUUGUUGUGGUUUGUGGGAAAUUUUUCCUACCAGGAGGCUCUGAAGGACACAGAGGCGGGCAUUGUGAAUGUUUUAUCCUCGACGUCAGGGCUGUUCACCCUCAUCUGUGCAGCGAUCUAUCCCAGCUCCAGUGCUGAUAGAUUCACUCUCUCCAAACUCUCUGCAGUUCUACUCAGUUUUGGUGGCAUUGUGAUGGUCAGUCUGGCUGACCUUCGAUUUGAGGACCAGAUUCCCGUGGGGGCCCUGUGGGCACUGUGUGGCUCCAUGCUAUACGCCCUGUACCUGGUGUCACUCAGGCGGCGGGUUGAUCAUGAGGACAAACUGGACAUCACCAUGUUCUUUGGGUUUGUCGGGCUACUGUGUGUUCUCUUGCUGUGGCCGGGUUUCUUUGUUCUACAUUUCAGCGGGUCUGAAGUGUUCGUCAUGCCCGAUUCUCGCCAGUGGCUGUUCAUUGCAAUUAACGGUUUAGUUGGAACUGUGUUGUCGGAAGUCUUAUGGCUCUGGGGGUGUUUUCUGACUUCAUCUUUAAUUGCCACACUUGCUCUAAGUCUGACCAUUCCCCUCACUAUGAUGGCUGAUGUUUUAUGGAAAGGGGUGAACUAUAACUGGUUGUUUUACGUGGGCUCGAUUCCUGUGUUUAUCGCAUUCUUCGCGGUAAGUCUGCUGACUCACUACGAGACGUGGGAUCCUGUUCUGUUGUGCUUCAAAAAAAUUCUUCAUUGUUUCUGUCGAAGGCGUUUAUUACCAAGAACAGGAGCACAUUAUGUGUUUAAUAGAGUACGAGAAAUGGACAGGGAACAGACAGAGAGUUUGAUAGAAAGCAGUUCAUAACUCUUUCUUAGCUCCCCACUCUGUGAUUCAAAGUUAGCUGUCUUUUUUUUUUUAAUUAUUCUGAUUUUGUUUAGGCUGAGUAAUCUGUUAUUAGUUUUAUUUUGUUCAAUUAUUUUGUAAUUUGCUGUUAUGUCUUCAAAGGAAAUUAACAUUUAUUCAGAAAACACCUCAGUGAUCAUUUGAUUAUAUAAUAAUCAUUUAUAUUGUUUUGUUUUAGGAACAUUAUCUAAUGUAAUAUUAUUGUAGCUAUUUAUUUAGGAGAUUAUAAUGUUUGGGGGGAGGUGAAGUUCUGCAUAUGUACCGGUACUUGUAUAUCACAUACCGUAUAUCUGGUUAUUUUCGUGUGUCUCAAAAUUUGGGGAAAUGUGAAAAAUGUGUAGCAUUUUUAAUUAUGUCAGUCAUUUUUUGCCAUUUAAAAAGUUUCUUAUUGAAAAUGAUACAGAAUAUAAUUUCUGCGCACUCAAUAAUUUGUGAUUUAAAAGAGAUCGCGAAUAAAGUGAAAAUUAGGUCAUCAUGAAAAUUACCUGACUUACGGUACUUCUACUGGUUUGCAGAUUUUUAAGACCUGAAAUGAAGUCAUUAUUAUCAACAUCUGAAGCAGGUGUGUUUUAUGGUGUAUAUCUAACAUACCUUUAUUUACUUUCUUGUAUGCUUAAUAUAUUGAUUGAAAGAAGUCUUUUUUUUAAUUGAUUGGAAGGGGAGCAAGAGGAAGAGAACAUUCAGUGGGGGUUUUAUGGUAAACAUGUGACAGAAGUUGAUUGUGUGGUUUUUUGUUUGAGUGUGUAUUAUAUUAGGAAAUCUCUAAUGUAAGAGACGCUCAUAUUCAUUGUAAAGAUAUCAUUUGAAAUUGUGUGAAAUUAUUAUAUCAGGGAUAUUUUUGCUGGGACAAAACCCUAGACUUGUAAAAGCAUUCCACUUUCAUUGCUUCUUCAAAAGAUGUCAGUACUUUUUUUAUGAACAUUGAGUUUUUUGGAUGGACUUUUCAACAUUUUUUUUAAAAUUGUAUUCAACAAAAAAUGAUAAAACCAAAGUAAUGUCAACUUGUUAUAAAAAUUGAAAAUUUCUAAUCCUUUUAAACCUCUAAAGGACAAAAUAUUAACAUUGAUUCACAAUAUCUGUGAAUUCAUUUUAUCAGUGGAAAUAUGUUUAGGAGGAGGGGGGGGGGGGGGGGGUAAUGCUUAACUUUCAUUUUUUUUUUACAUGUCAUAUUGAAUUUUUCAAAAGUUUAUGUUUUAAUCACUGUUUGUUGUUAAGAUUUUGGUGAUUUUGAGAAAAAAGGGAGGGAUGGAACUGUAGCUCGUAACCUUUUAAUAAAUUUGAUUUCUGACAAUAUAAGCUUUAUAUCAUUAAAUGGUACACCAAUUUAGUCUAUAUUAUAAACUGCUUCAAAAAAGAGAGUGUUUCAAACAUAAUUCAUUCUAUUGUUUUUAUCCUUAUUUUUGAGUGCAUAUAGAAUGUAAAGUAACCUUUAUUGAUAACCAUGAUUUGUUCUCAUUAUCACUUAUCCUGUAAAUUAGGUAUUUUACAUGUCAAUUUAAGUCUUUUAAAAAGGAAGGGAUUAUGAGUCAUAGUGAGAAGUUUUAAUAUUGGAAAUAUUAGGUCACACAGUGUUAAUUCAAAAUGUCAGGAUUGAUGUCAUAACCAGCCGUAAGUUCCUUAUUGAACUUUGAUUAAAUAUUGUCUAAAGGUUUCUGUUUGGUUUUAUGAUAUGCAUGAACCACAAUUAAGUACUCCAGUCCUCCUUCUAGUGUCACUCUUGUCAUCAAACAGUGAGUUGAAUGAAAACAAACAGAAGGAAUGAAUUUUAGUUUGUACCAAUCCUUUUAACAAAUUGAAGCAAUAAAGUGCAAUACACGUACCAAUCUGUAAAUACAACAGCAAGAUAAAGAAAUUAAUAUAUGUGUUUUUAUUUUUUAUGUAGAGAAACAAGUGGGAAUAGUAUGAAGUCAGUAGUUGACUUCUUUAAUGUGAUGUGUCUAUAUUGAAAGAAUGUUUUAUUUCUCUCCUGGAGAUUUAUUGUUCUUGAUUCUUUAUGUAUUACAUUAAAAAAGAGACUGAAAGUAA